AGAACAGGAAAAGCAAACAAGAGCGGAUCGAGCCGCGGCCGCUAGAUCGAUCGCUACCAUGGCCUGCAGCUGCAAGCUUCUUGGCGCCUCCUCCCUGCUCUUCACGGCGUCCCUCCUCGCCAUCGGCGCCGACGCAGCACAACCUAAUCCCCUCCGGAUCGCCGUCUACUGGGGCCAGAACGGUCGAGAGGGCACCCUUGCCGACGCCUGCAGCUCCGGCCUCUACGCGUACGUCAUGGUCUCCUUCCUCAGCACCUUCGGCAAGGGCCAGACCCCGGAACUCAACCUCGCCGGACACUGCAACCCAGCCUCAGGUGCCUGCCGAGCCUUAAGCUCCGACAUCACCGCGUGCCAGUCAGUCGGAGUCAAGGUGCUCCUCUCCAUCGGCGGCGGCGCCGGCAGUUACGGCCUGUCCUCCACCAAGGACGCCCAGAGCGUCGCCACCUACCUAUGGGACAACUUCCUGGGCGGCAACUCGUCGUCCCGCCCGCUCGGCCGCGCCGUCCUGGACGGCGUCGACUUUGACAUCGAGACCGGCGUGUCGGCGUACUACGACGAGCUGGCCACGUUCAUGUCCCAGUACAGCCAGCCGGAAAGGAAGGUGUACCUGACGGCGGCGCCGCAGUGCUCGUACCCGGACGCGUCGCUGGGGCCGGCGCUCGAGACCGGGCUGUUCGACAACGUGUGGGUGCAGUUCUACAACAACCCGCAGUGUGAGUACCCGGGCGGCGACCUGCAGGGCGCGUGGAGGAUCUGGACGAGCAGCGUGCAGGUCUCCGGGGGAUUCUACCUGAGCCUGCCGGCCUCGAAGGAAGCGGCCGGGAGCGGGUACGUUUCGCCGGCCGACCUGACGUCCAAGGUGCUCCCCGGCGUGAAGGCCGCCAGCAACUUCGCCGGGAUCGUGGUGUGGGACCGCUACAACGACCUGGUCAACGGAUACACUUCUCAGUUGCGGAGCAAAUCAAACGAGAGUGGCAGCGGGAGCGGGCCAAUCGAAUCGCCACCACCGGUAGUUACAAGAGGGCGCGGACCAAUCGGAUCACCAGCACAAGUUGCAGGGGGAGCUAACUCAUCGUCGAAGAAGAGGAUCAAAACAUAUGUAAUAGCUGGAACCUCAAGCCUAGUUGGAGUAUGCUUAUUUCUCCUCACAUUCUGUGUAUGGUAUAAGAAAUACUAUGGCAAGGGGUCAAAGAACACACCACGGAUCGAGUCCUUCCUACAAAAGCAAGGGACUUCACACCCCAAACGAUAUGCUUACCCAGAAGUGAGAAGAAUGACCAAAUCUUUUGCUCACAAGCUUGGCCAAGGUGGCUUUGGAGCUGUCUACAGAGGCAAACUCCCUGAUGGACAUGAAAUAGCUGUGAAGAUCCUCAAGGACACUCAGGGUGAUGGGGAGGAAUUCAUGAAUGAAGUGGCUAGCAUUAGUAGAACCUCUCAUGUCAAUGUUGUCACCCUCUUGGGAUUCUGCUUGCAAGGCUCGAAAAGAGCUCUCAUCUACGAGUACAUGACCAACGGCUCACUCGAGAGAUACACUUUUGGCAACAGUUCUGCUCAAGAUCCUAAUGCCCUAAGCUGGGAAAGACUCUAUGACAUUGUUCUCGGCAUUGCUCGAGGACUUGAGUACCUUCAUCGAGGGUGUAACACUCGCAUCAUACAUUUUGAUAUCAAGCCUCAGAACAUUCUACUGGAUGGAGACUUCUGCCCAAAGAUAGCUGAUUUUGGGUUAGCAAAAUUAUGCAAGCAAAAGGACAGCAAAAUCUCUAUCGGUGGAGCAAGAGGAACAGUAGGAUACAUAGCACCUGAGCUGUUCUCAAGGCAGUACGGAGCGGUGAGCAGCAAAUCUGAUGUGUACGGUUACGGGAUGGUGGUUCUUGAGAUGGUUGGAGCAAGGAAACAGGUCAGUGUUAGUACAGAUAGCAGCACAAAAUACUUUCCUCAGUGGAUAUAUGACAACUUGGAUGAGUUCUGUGGCACCGCUGGCGAGAUUAUUAGUAGCAAUGCCACGGUGCUGGUGAGGAAGAUGACUCUGGUUGGGCUCUGGUGCAUACAGUUAACACCCACGGAUCGACCGUCUAUGAGCGAAGUCCUGGACAUGUUGGAAAGCAACAGCGACGACUUGCAGCUGCCACCAAAAUUGUAGUAUUUCGUAACUCCUGGCAGCUUCAACUGUGAAGAAUGCCAGUGGUACAAUGUGUUCAUUUCACAUGGUUGAAGUAGCUUGUUGGCAGUUAUAUUGUUUGCAAUGGUAAUUAAACAAUUGCCAGCUUAGUUUCACACCAAAAUUUUACUCGUGUAGCACCUGCAUGAGAAGAUUUCACUCUUCCAUCAUGUGCCUUUUCGGAUACAGUAUUAUUACCAAAGGAUAAUGGCUGGAAGAGUGGAGGAAAA